UUGCAUCUCGAUGUACCUCCGAUCCAAGGCCGGCGGCACCGGCAUCACCGGCAUCACCGCGCGGUCCGUCGGCAGCAGGCCACUCAACUUCUUUAGGCUGUGCAUGUACAACACGGACGAGGCCGACUGGGGCGACAAAGUCAACUUCAUCUUCGCCGGGCUCGGCGUCGUCCCGUUCGUUAUGAUGUGAUCGGAAAUCCCGGAGACGAUGGGCCGGACGCACGGCGAUCUCGACCACCUAUUCGAGUCCGGGUCCCAGUUGAGGGAUUCAGGCAGGGCGCUCGGUGCCGGAUGUGCAGACUACGGAGGACGACUUGAAAGGGUGAUAGAUGAGAAAUCUUGAC